AUGGCGAUGCUCCGAAGAUUGCACGCUUUGGGUACCAAGUCUGGCACGGACCAGGCUUCCCACCUCCUUCGUUCGCUGUCCACCCGCAGCAGCAACAACAACAACAACGCAGCAGCAGGCGCCGCAGACGAAAACACUAACACCGCGAGCAAUGCCUCUGUGCAGCGGAGAAAUCUCUGCUUUGGCGCCAUCGGCCCUGCUUCAAAGAGCAACGGUAGCGGCAGUCGCUAUGUGUUCGGCAGUGGCAGCAGUCCCAACAGGGGAUUGAGUGGCCUAGCUGGGACCGGAACAUGGAGCGGGAGUGACGCAGUGAAUGGGAUGGCUAAUACCGCUGCGAGAUCGCUGUCCAGUGGCUCGGAGACGACCUCCAGGAGCGCCGAGGAAGAAGACGAAGAAAGCACCCUGUCGAGCCUGCUCCACGAGCUCGACGAUAUCCGCCACAGCGCGGGUGCUAUGCUCGACGACAUGGACGAUGGUGACGACCACACCAGCAACGGCAUCGAAGUCGACAUGGACGAGACCGUCGAUGCCCCGCCGGCACACGCGCAAGGGAAGUCGAUGGAUUUUGACUCUUACGGCCUUAACCAGCGGCUGCAGCGGCAGCUACGGAAGGUCGGCGUGGACCAGUUUUUCCCCGUGCAGGCUCAGUGCUUCGAAAAGGUGGUUAGCGGGCAGGACCUCAUGUGCAAGAGCCGUACCGGAUCCGGAAAGACCCUUGCCUUCGCCAUCCCGAUCAUCGAGGCGUUGGACCGGCAGAGCGGGGGGGAGUCUGUGCAAAGGCAGCGCGGAGGGCGGGGCAGGCUUUUCAGCAGGGGGGCGUACGGGCGCUUCCCGCGAGCAAUCUGCGUCGCCCCCACUCGAGAGCUGGCGAAGCAGGUGGAGCGCGAGUUCAACCGUAUCGCGCCGGAGCUGUCAUCGCUUGCCGUCUACGGGGGCACCGCACAGGGGCCCCAGAUCGGGGAGAUGCGCAGGGGGGUGGACAUCAUCGUCGGCACCCCCGGUCGCAUAAUCGACCACAUCGAGCAGGGAAACCUUAACUUGAGCGAGAUCCAGUUCUGCGUCCUCGAUGAGGCGGACCUGAUGCUGCAGAUGGGGUUCCAGGAGCCUGUGGAAGAGAUCUUCAAGGAGAUGCCGGAGAACAAGCAGACCACUCUAUGGUCCACCAAGGCUGAGGUGGAUGAAUUGUGCACCCACCCUGCUCUCAGCCGCCUGGGUGCGGAGGCUCUCCAUGGAGGGUUGACGCAGGCGGCCCGCGAAGCGUGCCUCGGUCGAUUCAGGAGUGGACGCACCAAGAUGAUCGUCGCUACCGACGUGGCGGCUCGCGGCCUCGACAUCCCCGGGGUGGACAUGGUGUUCCACUACCGACUCCCCAAUGAGAAGGAGAGCUUCGUGCACAGGUCGGGACGUACUGGUCGUGCUGGGAAGGCCGGACUAAACAUCAUCUUGUGCUCCAACGUCGAAGACCGACAGCUGGCAGCUCUCGAGGGAGACUACUCCUUCAAGAGCCUGAGGCGGAGCACUCCUAGCGGCGCGAGCAAUGUCGAGGAGAUGGCCGGCGAGAUCAAGCAGAAGAUACUGUCUGUUAGCGCAGCGUCGGUGCGGAUGUACGAGCCCCAGGCGGCGGAUCUGCUCAUGAAGCUCGGCCUUUCCGUUGCCGAGCAGGCGUCGCAGGAGGGGACGGGAGGGGUCGCGGCGGACAGGAUCGUUCCCUUGGAGGGGGUGCAGGCCCUGAGUGCAGCCAUGUCGCUUAUUGGCGGCGACUCGGGAGUGUCAGCAGAGUUCAUCAACAACUCAAUGAUGAGGUGCGUGGGUGUAGAGACGGGCGGGCCGAGAGGAUGGGACAUGGGUCUUGGUGAUGGUUUUUUCAUACCUAGAAAGGAAAAACCACCGCAUGGACGGCCCAGCGUGAUGCGAUACCGUCUUUGUGAGGGAGGGUUGCUGGUGGACGUGCCGGCUAGCUCGGCGGAGGAGAGGAUAGCGGACAUGAAAGCGCGGCUGGCUGACAUGGAGGCUAGCGGUUCGUUGAAGCGUGCGUUCCAGGGGGUAGAGGUUUCCAUCCCGUUGGAAGUAGCCGGAGCUCUUGACAACAGGGGCGGGUUCGUUCGACUCUUUCUCCACCGG